CCCUUUUUAUGUGCGAGAUGCUCAGUUAUUUUUCUCUCAACUUUCUGUUUUGGUGGAGUCAGCGUUUUUCUGCUUUUAUGGUAAUUACGCUGGAAUAAACUGCGAAUUUGUUGCAGCAUUUAAAGGCGUGCAAGAAAUCAUGACCAUAAAAAAAGAUGAUGACAAUUCAGAAGAAGGCCUUCACACCAUCCAUUCGGGAAGGCAUGAAUAUGCAUUCAGCUUCGAGCUUCCACAGACACCACUUGCUACCUCAUUCGAAGGCAGACAUGGCAGUGUGCGCUAUUGGGUGAAAGCCGAAUUGCAUAGGCCUUGGUUUCUACCAGUAAAAUUAAAGAAGGAAUUUACAGUCUUUGAACAUAUAGAUAUCAACACUCCUUCAUUACUGUCACCCCAAGCAGGCACAAAAGAAAAGACUCUCUGUUGUUGGUUUUGUACCUCAGGCCCAAUAUCCUUAAGUGCCAAAAUUGAAAGGAAGGGCUACACCCCAGGUGAAUCAAUUCAGAUCUUUGCUGAGAUUGAGAACUGCUCUUCCCGUGUGGUGGUGCCAAAGGCAGCCAUUUACCAAACGCAGGCAUUUUAUGCCAAAGGGAAAAUGAAGGAAGUCAAACAGCUUGUUGCCAACCUGCGUGGGGAAUCCUUGUCAUCUGGUAAAACAGAAACCUGGAAUGGCAAACAGUUGAAAAUUCCACCUGUUUCCCCUUCAAUCCUCGACUGUAGUAUAAUCCGUGUGGAGUAUUCACUCAUGGUAUAUGUUGAUAUUCCAGGCGCCAUGGAUUUAUUCCUUAACUUACCACUGGUCAUUGGUACCAUUCCUCUACAUCCAUUUGGUAGCAGAACAUCAAGUGUGAGCAGCCAGGGUAGCAUGAACAUGAAUUGGCUUGGCCUGACACUGCCUGAAAGACCAGAAGCACCUCCUAGCUAUGCAGAAGUGGUCACAGAGGAACAAAGGCAGUCCAGCCUUGCACCCAUAGGUGCUUGUGAUGACUUUGAGAGAGUGCUUCCAGGACCGUUGUUUGCAUACAUCCAGGAGUUCCGUUUUCUGCCUCCACCCCUCUAUUCAGAAAUUGAUCCAAACCCAGAUCAGCCCACAGAUGACAGACCAUCUUGCCCCUCUCGUUGAAGGAAUCCAUAAGAAGCUGACUUGACUUGGGUUUUGAAUUGUACCUGCCGUGUUGAAGGUCAAGGCGUCAUAGUGGAGACAC